AUGGUGCAACGUUGUAUGAAAUGUACGAUCGGUUCUCUGUCUCCGAUGAAACAGGAAUAUCAACUCUUUCUUGCAGGAACCGCCGUGGGAACCUUAGGUGAAAGUAUGAUAAACGAGGGUUAUUUUACCACUGGUCUGUCUGGGAUGUCAUUCUCCACCCCUGACAGAGAUAACGACAGAAAUAAUGGAGGUAAUUUUGCUCCUUACAGUAACCGGAGGGGAGGAUGGUGGUUAAACGACCUUUACUACGCCGUCCUGAAGGGUAAAUGGUCCCCGGCAGACUGGCACGAUCCUUGGUAUCCUACAGUAUGGCGUGGAACAACUGUUAAGGAGACAAUGAUGUUGAUCAGGCGUCACUAG